AUGAAUAAUAAGACUAAUGUGUUUGCUUGUUUAUUGUUAUUCGUCUCAUGUGUGUGGGCUCUCACCGAGAACCCAGAAAUCACCAACAAGGUUUACUUUGACGUUCUGAUAGGUGAUAGUCCCAUUGGUCGUAUUGUGAUUGGAUUGUUUGGUACUGUUGUUCCCAAAACGGUUGAGAACUUUCGUCAAUUGGCCAUUAGUGAAGACCCCAAGUUCGGAUAUAAGGAUCUGAUUUUCCAUCGUGUGAUCAAAGAUUUCAUGAUCCAAGGUGGUGACUACGAGACUGGUCAAGGUUAUGGAGGUAAAUCCAUCUAUGGAGGGAAAUUUGCAGAUGAAUCGUUUGAAUUGAAGCACGAUAGACCAUACCGUUUGAGCAUGGCCAAUGCAGGUCGUGAUACCAAUGGAUCCCAAUUCUUUCUUACCACAGUUGUCACUCCCUGGUUAGAUGGCAGACACGUUGUUUUCGGCGAAGUUUUGGAAGGAAAGGAUGUUGUUGAUAAGAUUGAAUCGACCAAGACUGGUUACGGUGAUAAGCCAAAGGAGACUGUUAAAAUCUGGGCCUGUGGUGAGUUAGAUGGUGCCAACGAUCAACCAGGUCAAGAAAUCAGAGAUGAGUUGUAA